CCAAUUUGUUAUUAUCUACGUUUUUUCUAUGAGUGGUGUGUUGUGAUUAUGAAAACAAAAUGGAAAUAAAGUGUACAAAAUUAGAUAAACGAUUAACUGGAAAACGCUGCUUAUCAAAUACAAAAAUAUAAUUAGUCGAUAGACAGGAGAUUCACCUCAGUCGGGUGAUGAAAUGGAUACCAUGUUGAUGGUGGGAAAAUCAGAAGUCCCUGGCAUCGCUGUACAAUGUGAACUGCUGUUGCCCAAUGGACGUUUGCAAAGGACCUAUGAAUUCGACAUAAAGGAUAUUGGACUCCGACGUCGCCUUGUACGCCAAUUUUAUGGAAUACUUAUCCUACAGGUGAUCUGCAGCUUGCCCUGCCUUGAGGUCCUACUGAAACAUAAUUUGCCUUACAAUUAUGUAAUGCCCAUAUCUAUGGUAAUCACCAUGUUCCUCUAUUCCUGUUUUUACAUUUGGCCGGAGUGGAGGAGACGUGCCCCUUACAACUACCUUGUGCUUUUGCUAAGUACAUGCAUCGGAUGCGUCAACAGAAGCGUAUACCUAUUGAAUUUAGUUCAAAAUCAUUGGGUCUACUGCUAUCCCAUUAUCCUAAUCCUGGAGAUCCUGGCUUUGAUGCUGUUCUCUACCCAGAAGCGAUUUCGGUUUACCCAGAUCCGUGGGAUUUUAAUAAUAUGCCUCGUCUUUGGGUUGUACCUACUUCUGGCCUACCGCCUGAACCGGAUGGUAGAAGUCUUCUCCGGAAUGGCUUGCACUGUGGAGGCAUGGUACAUUACCUACGACACCCACUGUAUGCUGUGCGGGCUGCAUGGCUACAAUCUUGGACCCGAAGAGUGUGUAUUUGCCGCGUGCAACAUCCACUGCGAUUUGCCCAAGGGGUUAUGGCGGCUGAUGAAUAUGCUUUUCUUCAGCAAAAUCUUGGAGUCCUUUCGAAUGUUCCGCAAUUGCUUCAGGACUGAGGUUUGCUAGAGAUGUCCAAGAUGGCUUGGAAAAAAUGUAUUUUCGGUUCAAUUUCUGCUGUCAAAAUUUUGUAAUAAAAACCACCAUUAGCAAGGCUUAAGAUGCACAUCAACGAACUAAAGCAGAUGUACCAGCCCUAAAAGCAGCAGUUAAACACUAGGAAACCAAUCAUAAUUCUCCCACAAGUAAGAUAAAAAUACUUGGUUUAUAAAAAAAAUAUUUUAUCGCCUUUGACGAAUUUAAAUUUGAACGAUAAAAAACAAGGAAAACUCCUCGAGUCGACGAAAAAAUAUAAAUAUAAAUAAAAACAAUCUCCAGGUCCCACUAGCGAAGCAAUAGAGUUCGAAUUAUUUUUUCGUUUACAACAAAUCAAGUUAAGAGACUAAAGAAAUACACUCAAUUUAUACAGAAGCCUAAGAAAAUAUAUAAAAAGAAAAUCAUUGACACAUAGAAACUUUUUAAAAGAUCGUUAUAUAAUUAAACAUUAAUUGAAAACAAUAAAGGAAGCAAACUUCGGCAAGCCGAAGUUCAUAUACUAUUGCAGCUAUGCCAAAAAUUAAAUAUUCUUGAAAACAUUCAAAUUUUGAUUUACUUGCGUUUAUGUUUAAAAACAUUGAAGCUAUGAUGAUUUGCAGCGCAAUUAUUCCUAUGGUAGCU